GAAAAGAUGUGCGGAGUUUAAAUAACGCGUGUUUCAUGUUCUUAUCGUACUUCGAACGUAACUAACCGAUUUUAGUCGUUCCCAAAAAUUACGUGCUGUUCUGAAACGCGUGGAGGUUUAAUAACUUUCAACACUCUUCACUGAAGGAAUACUAGCGUUUAUUGUUAUAUUCCCAACGUUUUACUUAGUUGCCUACCUAAGAAGCUAGCUGUAAAUGGACAAGCUUUCAGAUUCGCUUGCACGUGAUUUGAACAAGUUGCAAAAUGAAUAUCACAAAACCGUGGAGAAUGCUUUAAGCGGUCUUGAUACUACAUAUCUUCGUAAAAUACAGGCAAAUUACUUUCGAUGUGGCCUAAAAUGUUGUGAAGAUCCCGAUGCCCCUGUUACUGAAGUUCAGCGAUGCAUAGAAAGAUGCGAAGCUCCUCUGAGUCAUGCACAUGAACUAAUGCAGUCUGAAGUUACCACAUUCCAGACAAGGAUACAGCAGUGUGCUGCCGAGUGUAGUAAUCAAGUUCGAGACAAACUAAGUUUGAAUGCAACUGAUUCGCAACUAAAAAAAGCUCAACAAGAAGUACUAAUAUGCUCUCAAAAAUGCGUAGAUAAUCAGUUGUCUAAUGGGUUACCAGCACUUAUCAGUCGAUUGAAAGAACAGUUGCAAAAGCUGAGACAAGAUCAAGUUGAAAUUAUUAGCUAACUUUCCUUGUGUAAAUGGUAUCACUUCUAGUUAAUAAAUUAUUUGUAUAGAUC